AGCCUGUUGGCAGAGCCCCCAUGUAAGUGGGUAUGGGGGGUUACACAGAGCUGGAGGGUAGAGGACUACAUGAACAGAGCAGGGGCUGGAUGAGAUGGGGGAGAAGGCCUAUAAAAACAGUUUCAGAGAGCACAGCAGCACCAAUCGCAGGUCGGACCAAGACGCCACGAUCACCAUGGAUAUUCCCAUUCAGUACCCCUGGUACCGCCGGGUCUUCCCAAACCGCUUCUCUGAGCUCUCCUUGGCAGAACCUCUCACUGACUGGCCAAUGAUGAUGCCCUUCUCCUUCCCAUUACUGUUCUCACGCCCAUCUAUGAUGCGUUGGUUCAACUGGGCUGACAACGGACACAGUGAGAUGCGCAUGGAAAAGGAUCGCCAUGUCAUCUACCUGGAUGUAAAGCAUUUCUCCCCCGAUGAGCUGUCUGUCAAUGUCAGUGAUGAGUUCAUCACAAUACACGGCAAACACGAAGACAGACAGGACGAUCAUGGCUUUGUGUCAAGAGAGUUUCUGAGGAAGUACAGGGUUCCAUCUGGGGUGCAAGGAGCUGAGAUCACCUCCAGCCUGUCAUUUGAUGGUGUGCUGACUAUCACAGCUCCUCGGUCAUCUGCUGGAACAGAGCGCGCCAUUCCAAUGACCUAUGAUGAUGGAGCCCAGAAACAAAAAAUGUAGGGCAGAGUCUGACAGCCUCUACACCAUUUUACUAACUGCAAGGGGCCAUCUGUUUUUAUAUUUAACCUGUUAUUGUUGUCUUUGCAUUACAGUACACAUAUAGAUCAGGCAAAAGCAUGUGGGCUUUAUACAGAUACAGUGAGAUGAUUUGAUAAAUCUGGCUUUUCCUUUAAAGAACAACUUCUCUCAACAGACCCACUUAUUUUCCUGUAUUUUAUUGAACAAAUUUAUAUAUAUUAAUAUGGCAUUUGUGUCUGUACCAGCUCUGCACUUUAAAGACAGCAUUCUAUUAUCUAAAGCAACCAAAAAGAUUUGAAAACCUCUUAGAUCUGCUCCUUAAGGAGGAGGAGCAAAAUUGUAGAUAAUCUUUCAAGAUUCUUGGUUUAGAUGCCGAACGUGCUUUUUCCCCCAUGUGAGAGCAACAUUGGUUUCUGUUUAUGUGAGGAAGGGUGGUGCAAGAGUGUUUACAAUAAUUUUUGAUUUGUUCAUUAAAAAAAGCCACUGAAUGACUUGGGACCAGGUUUGUGCACUGUUGCAGGAAAAGCAGAAAGUGAAUGAGACAGCGGGACAUAGUAAUGAACAGGAAACAAUGUUUUGUCACUGGGCUUCCUUUUGACUUGGUAUCCUGACCACUGAGCUGCUAAAGGUACUGUGUGUGAAUGUACGGUCUCUGAUAGUAUGUGCAUUUGUUCCUCUAGAUUCAAGAAUUUAACUUAUAAAGCAUUGGCAACAGCCCUUUGGCACGCACUAACACAGAAAAACAAUAAAU